CCUAUAUAAUGCGUCUUCAAGAAACCCUAAGGUUUUGAAGGAGGAGAGGGAAGGUGGGAGAGAGCAAGCGGCGGGGAAGUCCCGAAGACAGAGAAAGAGAGAGAAGCCUUCCUUGCCUCCGCCAGAAUGGGUAUCUCGCGAGACUCUAUGCACAAAAGGCGCGCGACGGGAGGAAAGAAGAAGGCCUGGAGGAAGAAGAGAAAGUAUGAGUUGGGCCGCCAGCCUGCAAACACUAAGCUUUCCAGCAACAAGACAGUUAGGAGGGUUCGUGUUCGUGGAGGUAAUGUGAAGUGGAGGGCCCUCCGUUUGGAUACUGGCAAUUACUCUUGGGGGAGUGAGGCUGUGACUCGCAAGACUCGUAUCCUUGAUGUUGUGUACAAUGCCUCAAACAACGAGCUUGUGAGGACACAGACCCUGGUGAAGAGUGCUAUUAUCCAGGUUGAUGCUGCCCCCUUCAAGCAAUGGUACCUCCAGCACUACGGUGUUGAGAUUGGUAGGAAGAAGAAGGCCCCAGCUGCCUCCAAGAAGGAAGCAACAGAGGAGGGAGAAGGUGCUACAGAGGAGGCAAAGAAGAGCAACCAUGUCCUCAGGAAGCUGGAGAAGCGCCAGCAAUGUCGUACACUUGACCCCCACAUUGAAGAGCAAUUUGGUAGUGGGAGAUUGUUGGCUUGUAUCUCAUCCCGCCCUGGCCAGUGUGGCAGAGCUGAUGGGUACAUAUUGGAAGGCAAGGAACUGGAAUUUUACAUGAAGAAGAUCCAAAGGAAGAAGGGCAAGGGAGGUUCUGGAGCUGCUGCUUGAGUCGAAUCUGUUUAGUUGCUUGGUUCUUCCGUUUUAUGCACUUGUUUGAGUUCCAUAGACUGAGGACAGGUGAUGAGUCAUUUGAAAUUUUGACAUGCAUUGUAGAUGUUAGAGAUGAGAACUGUUUAUUGUUUCUAGCGAUCAUUAUAUUUCCCAUUGCGUUCGAUAGCAGACAUAUAUUGAUUGGACCUCAAAACACAAAUUUUGCUGAUGAAAGUUAUGGAACGUAUUGCUGGAAGUACUUGUAGUUGUUUUUCUGCCUCAUUUAAAAAAA